CGGAAGAUAAUCAAAGCAACGAAGAAAGGCAAGCCUAAGCCGAAAAAGGAACGUACGAUGCCGACAUUGGAGAAGACGCCGGCUCUCCUUCCAACAGCAACCUCUGUCGACGUCGCGGAUGAGCAUCUGGGCACCCCGGUGCCCAAUACAACAGCGGAGACCACGCAUACGGUUUCGAAGAUCUCCGAGUUGCCCGACGAAAGUAAGUUUCCUCUGUGUGUGAGUGACUAG